CUACAAGCUACAUACACCCCUGCACCAUGUCCGGAAACAAUGGCAUGACUGAUGCCCAGAAGAUGCGUCUCAAACGACUCGCAAGACUGGGCACUUCUGCCAACACCCCUCAGCCACAGCAACAGGAAGAGUCUCAGGCAGAGUCCUCCACUCCGCCGCCCGCCCAUGCUCCUGCAUCCGCUUCUUCUAGGCUCCUUGCGAAUCUUCCCCCAGCAUCCUCCUCCACUUCCCCCUCUUUGACCCCUAAACCGACAGCGCCAUCUCCAAAGCCGCCCGCGAAGCCUCACCUGGCUCAGCCAAAGCCCAAUUCCCCAUCGUCAACGCUCUCUCUCAAGAGGCCCUCAACUGCUUCCACACCAAAAUCCGAGCCGGUGGGACCGAGAGUCGUCUCGACAAAGCCGCUUCAGCCUCUCAUCAAGGCUGACUACAAGACGUGGGAGACGGUCCAGAUCGGGCGAGUGUUCGCUGUAACCUUGAGCAGAUCAAAGGCCCAGGAUAGUGAUUGGUCGAUUUGCUGGUUGAAGGAUCUCGAGGAGGAGCUGAAGGAAGAGAACCAUCCCCAACCACUUGCAACCACACCCGACCUGAUUGAUCGGCUGCUCAUUGCCCGUCUCUCUAUCGACCCGGCUGUCAUGGCAAAAUCGGACGACUCGGACAAGCUCACCAUUCUGGCCGGUCUUCCGCAAAGCGAGACUGUAUUCGAGUAUCUUGCGGGGUGCUGGAAGCGGAUCUACAGUGCAAACAGGGACGCUCAAAAGUAUUCCUUUACUGAGGAGGAGAAAGGACAGUGGAAGCAGGUCAUGGAGAAGAUCAAGGCGCUGGUCGUUUCAUACUGCGGCAUGACCCUGGAGGAUCCAACCAUGUUCCCGCAACCCGAGGGCAAGCCCACUGGACCUGCCGAAUUUCUCCCUCUUCUACUGUCCAUUCACCAGCCCAUCGCUGGUGACCACCUCACUUCUGCUCCCGCCCCUCCUCCCACCGUCUCCGGCCCUCUACAACCCGCCGACCUUCUCCCCUUCCUCCAAGAUCUCGCCGCAGGCUUCACCCCUGACACUCUCUCGGACGUCAUCUCCCCCACUCUUUCUCUCUUUUUCCAACAAUGGUUCAGCAUCUCGCCCACACCAGAUAUCCUCGGGUCAGAGUGGCGCAGGUAUUUGGGUGCGAUGAAUGCGUUGGUCCAGGUGAAGGCCGUAGCGGGGCUGCUGCCAUCACUUCCGAUAUGGGUGGCACCAAAUGUGGUAGCGCCAAAGCUGGAAUGGCAGUCCCUCUUGGGACCGUUGACCAGGCUUAGUGUCUUUCCUAGAGAAUUCCCCGAGAUCUGGAAAACCUACUUCUCCAACCCAACAGAGAGAAAGAAGGAGGACAUUGACGCCAACAAGAGCAACCUCCGUUACACGCUCAGCAGCCUUCACACAUCCAUCUUUAACGUUUACAAUUCCAUCGUCCGCGCCUCCCCUGAAGCCCGUGAAUCUGUCCUCGACUUUUUAGCUCUCACCCUCCGCCUCAACUCGCGUCGUGCGGGUAUGCGCGUCGAUCCCCGUCUUGUCUCUACCGACGGGUACAUGACAAACUUGCAGGUGGUCUUGCUGAAACUGUUUGAGCCUGUAAUGGACGCGAGGUUUUCAAAGAUUGACAAGGUUGAUGCGGCGUACUUCAAGUUUUCAAAGAGGAUUGACAUUUCGGAGGAGACAAAAGUUAGAGCGACGAAGGAAGAAGCGGAUGGGUACUUUGGGGAAGCUAUGGAAGGUACACACGCGAGUCUGGAUGCUGUACCGUGCUUACACGAUAGAAUAGUUGACGCUAAACCCAACUUCAUCUCCGACUUGUUCUUCCUUCUCAACGCCUUCCUCCACCUCGGACUCGUCAAGACCAUCUCUACGCGCGGCCGCGCCGAAAAGAACUUGUCGGAGAUUGAAAAGGAGCUCAAGCGUACCGAAGCGUCCCGUGGUGACUGGGAGGGCAAUCCCGCUUUGACAGCACAGGGCGAAGCGGCGAUUAAGAAGCUCAAGGGCGACUUGGCGGUUCUGCAUGCGUCGAUCCAUGCUUACGACACUCAGCUCCUGGACAACAACUUGAUCAGGCCUACGGUGUCAUUCCUCGGAUUCUUGAUGACUUGGCUUGUCCGCCUGGUCGACCCUGACCAUGCUUUCCCUGCCAAACCAGUGUCGCUGCCUUUGCCGAAAGAGGCGCCCAUAGCGUUUAGGAUGCUCCCCGAGUAUCUCUUUGAGAAUGUCGCCGACUAUUUCGAAUUCUUGGCUAGAUAUGAGCCAGAGGCGUUGGAUGAUGUGGACAAGGAUAUUUUCAUCACAUUCUCUAUUGUGUUCCUCACCCCCGACUAUGUCAACAACCCCUUCAUGAAGGCCAAGUUGGUCACGAUCUUGUCAUAUGGUCUCUACCCUGUCGGCUACUGGCGCCAAGGCCCUCUUUUCGACAGGCUUAGUGUCUUGGGUGUCUCGACCGAGCACUUGAUGCCUACGCUUAUCAGAUUCUACAUUGAUGUCGAGGCCACAGGUGGCCACACACAGUUCUGGGACAAAUUCAACUACCGACGUGACAUGGGGCACAUCUUCAAAGCUCUUUGGGGUAACCCUCUCCACCGAGAAGCGUUCAUCAAGUCUAGACAUGACGACUUUGACCAAUUCAUUCGUUUCGUCAACAUGCUCAUGAACGACACCACUUUCCACCUCGAUGAAUCCCUGACUGGUCUCACCAAGAUCGGCACUAUCGAAGCCCAGCGCGCCAACACUGCCACCUGGGCUGCGAUGGACCAGGCCGAACGGCAGGAUCUGGAGGGCGAGCUCAAUCAGGCGGAGGGCUCUGUGCCUUGGCAUACGCAGAUGGGACUGGAUAAUGUCAAGCUGAUCAGGGACUUUACGGCGACGACGAUGGAGCCGUUUGUAGCGGCGGAAAUCGUGGAUCGUUUGGCGGCUUCGCUGGAUGAGAACCUGAUGACUCUUGUUGGUCCCAAGAUGACCGAUCUCAAGGUCACCAACCCCGACAAAUACAAGUUCAAGCCCAAAGACCUCCUCGCAGCCAUCGCCCAGAUUUACCUCAACCUCGCGUCCGCACCCGAGUUUAUUCGCGCUGUUGCCAACGACGGACGAGCGUAUUCGAAAGAACUUUUCGAAAAGUUUGCGAGGACGCUGAAGAACAGGGCGAUCAUGACGGAGAGUGAGGUGGCGGAAGUAGUCAGCUUCACGCAAAAGGUAGAAGAUAUGAAAGCGACGAUUGAUAUGGAGGACGAAAGGGAGAUCCCGGACGAGUUCUUGGACCCGCUGCUUUCGACUUGUAAGUGGAUUUGUGGAUGUUGGGCCGGUUUGGCAAUGCUUAUUAGGGCUUGCAGUAAUGAAGGACCCCGUCAUCUUGCCCGUGUCCCGAAUCAGCAUCGACAGAGGUACUAUUCGUACCGUCCUACUCUCCAAGGAAGCUGAUCCUUUCAACAAUGUCCCGCUCAAGUUUGAGGAAUGUCUCCCUGACGUUGAAUUGAAGGCCAGGAUCGAUGCUUGGGUGGCGGAGGGCAGCACGAAGCAAGCAGAUUCUGUGAUGGAUGUGGACCAGCUAUGAGAUAUGCCGCGAUGUCUAAUAACUGAAAAGAGCAGUGUAGGUUAAGAGUACAGACCAGAAGUAAAUGUAAUGCGAUCGACAAUGAGCAUCAUGCAUACCGAGUCUCAGC